UGUGUGAGCACUGGGGAACUGCAGCUGCAGCAGCAGAGCAGAUCGCUGUUGUGCAGCGGACAGGACGACUCCUAGGAUUUUUAUGGACUCCGGGGAAGAAGCAGCUGGUUCUGUCCUGCCUGACUGAUUCUCAUACUGCAAGACAGCUUCAUCAUACACAUCAACCUGCCUUAUAUUCCACGGACUGUUCUCAGCUGGAGGAUAAAAUAAGCAUCCACUUGGUGCUGGGCCGGAAGAUACACACUUCUCACAAACAGAUUGUGUACAACAUAUUGACUGCAGUCACGGCCGUGCUUGGAUGCAGGUCUGUGCGUUAAACAUGCAGGCCCAGAGAUCAGCCCAGCCUCUUCUGCUCCUGCUCCUGUUCUUGCUGCUCCUUGCCAGGCUGUCACAGCUGUGGGCCUUCCCCUUCAGCCCAUCACUGGACCUGGAUGUCACACCCAGGACAACUGUCUUCUCCAAAGGUCUGUUGGGCAGUGCUCGUUUCACCGGCUCCUCCCAGAACUACAGCACUCUGCUGCUGGAGGAGGAGGCUGGACUUCUCUACGUGGGAGGGAGAGGAGCUCUGUACGCGCUCAACAUCUCCAACAUCUCCACAUCUGCGAACCUCGCUAUCGAUUGGGAUGCUACCCCUGAACAGAAGAAGCAGUGUUUAAACAAAGGCAGAGACAAUCAGACAGAGUGUUACAAUCACAUCCGCUUUCUGCAGCGAUACAAUGAGACUCACCUGUACGUCUGUGGAACAAAUGCCUUCAGACCUCUCUGUGCUUAUAUAGAUGCAGAGCGAUUCAGCUUCUCCUCAGGCUUCGAGGAUGGUAAAGACAGAUGUCCAUAUGACCCAGCAAAGGGAUACACUGGCCUUCUUGUGGAUGGUGAGAUGUUCACAGCCUCUCAGUACGAGUUUCGCAGCUCUCCAGAUGUGCGUAGAAACUUUCCCUUCCCCACACUGAGGACAGAGGAGGCCCCCACCCGGUGGCUUCUGGAGGCAGAUUUUGUGGGCUCUGUGCUGCUGAAGGAGAGCAUCAACAGCUCUAUCGGUGAUGAUGACAAGAUUUACUACUUCUUUACGGAGAAAAGCCAGGAGCAGAUUACCUACCCGAGCCAGACCAAGGUGUCCAGGGUUGCCCGAGUCUGCAAGACGGACUGGGGUGGCCAGAGGACCCUGCAGAGGAAAUGGACUUCCUUCCUCAAAGCCAGAAUGGUGUGUUCAGUCCCAGAGUAUGAGCUGCACCUCAAUAUCCUCCGCAGUGUGUUUGUCCUGCAGGGUCGGGAUGCUCAAAGCAGCAUUUUCUAUGGCAUCUUUGGCCUUGAGUGGAAGAAUAUCAAAGCCACUGCUAUCUGCCAGUAUGCCUUCUCAGAUGUAAAGAAGGUUUUUGAGGGGCCGUACAUGGAGGUGCAGGACUCAAAGUGGAGGGAGUACACAGGAAAGGUUCCAGAGCCACGACCUGGAUCUUGCAUAACAGAUCUGCACAGGUCCCAGGGCAUCAACUCAUCUCGAGACCUCCCAGACAGUGUCCUCACUUUCGCCAGAAGACACCCACUGAUGGCCAGCCAAGUGCAUCCAAUAGGGGUCCGACCACUCAUGUUCAAGAGGAGUGUCAACUAUGUCAAAAUAGCUGUGCACAAGGAGCCGGCGCUGGAUGGAAACAUCUACACUGUUCUGUUUUUGGGAACUGACGAUGGCUGGCUGCACAGAGCUGUAGACAUCAAUGGAGAAGUGCACAUCAUAGAAGAGCUGCAGUUAUUUGACAAACCGCAGCCUGUAGAGAGCAUGGUCAUAUCCUCAGCUGUGCGGAGUAUCUAUAUUGGCUCCUACUCUGGAGUCAUGCAGGUACCGAUGUCAACCUGUAAGAGGUACACUUCCUGCUAUGACUGCGUAUUCGCCAGAGAUCCGUUCUGCGGCUGGGACGGGAGGGUGUGUGUGGAAAUAUCGUCACGUGCACAAAGGUCAAAUCUAACGCAAGAUAUCCUGAGAGGCAUCAGAGGCUGCAAAGAGAAUUCAGGAAACGUGGUCCACCGGAGACGUUCUGUGAUGUCGGGUGAUGAUGUGCUACUACAGUGCGAACUGCGCUCCAACCUUGCCAUUCCACGCUGGACACUAAAUGGCAAAGAACUCCAGGGAUACGGUCUCAGUUCAGGCUACCGCAUUGGCACAGAUGGCCUCCUCAUAAUUGGAGCUCGUGUCCAACAGAAUGGCUCUUAUCGCUGCUUUGCUGUGGAGAACUCGGUCUCAGUCCUGGUUUAUCUUUACACAGUCAGGGUGCACACAGAUCCGUUCAUCACUGUGGAGCCCACAGUCGCAACCAACCUCACGACGGUUUCAAGCCCAUCUGUUUUGCCCACCAGCAGCCCCAGCGAGCAGCCUCUGCCCUCACCUCCUGCCCCACUGCCUCCAGGGCCUGAGUUUCAAACCUACAGACACAUGGAAGCUGUGUACAUCUCCCUGGUGGUGGUUCUCGGAGGGCUUUGCUUGGUGCUGAGUGUCGUGCUGCUCUAUGUGAGCUUCUGCACCAGACGAACCUCUCGGGGUCGAAAGUUCUCCCAGCAAAGGCUGCACGUCCUGGGGGAAUCCGAGAGAAAAAGGAGCUCCCAUUUUGAACUCAAAACCAUAUCCUGCCACUGCAACGGCCAUCACGGUCGUCGGUCCAUCUCUGUGCCGACCUUUGGGGACAUGGCCGAUGGUUUCCUCCAGAUACUUCCAGGUGAGGGUCAGAUGUCUCCCACCAAAACACCUCCUCCAGCCCCUCCUCUUCCUAUGCCGCCUCCGCUUCCCGACAUGGACUACACCAAUGGGCUGUCGGCCACCCUGCCUAGCGUGCUGAGGAAGAUCAACGGGAACAGCUACGUGCUGCUGAGGCAGUCUGACCCUGACGGCAUGUCACCGCUCUACCACUCCUUCACAGAAGAGCUCAACAGGAUCCUGGAGAAGAGGAAACACACACAGCUGGACCUACAGCCUGAUGAGAGCUCCAUCUAGGACAUCCCUCUAUCUCCAACUGUAACGUAGUUGUGGGUAGAACUGCAUCAAACGCUGCUGUUGUUUACCCAGUAUCUAUUGGCUGUGUGCUAACCUGAACUGAAAUGUGCAGCCUCCUCUGUCUCCAGUGACAAAUGGGCCAUGGUUUCUCUUCAACAACAGACAACACUAACCAGAGAUUGUAUUCAAAAAGUGGAGCUGUGGAAAAAAGACUGCACUAUUGCAUCACAAAUUACCAUGAGUAGGGAGGUUAAUGAUGCUACCUCAGUGUAGACUCUGUGGAGGCUUGUGAAUGAUGGUCAGGGGCAAAAUAGGUCAUGGGUAAAAGAAAUAAAUCAGCCCAGAAGGUGGCCAUGUGUUUUGAGACCAUGGAAGUGUUCAACAAGUUUUUAGUGCCAUAUUAAUAUUAUCCUGCUAUAGAACUUAGUGAUACUCCAGCCAAAAUCUACUUUGUGCAGUGUUACAGAGCUAAGUAUGAGGCUGGUGGGGACAUUCAAGAUGAAUUAACUGGCAUCUCAUCUACAGGUGUGUCGCAUUAAGGCUAAUCUAUGCUGACCCUCCAGUUCCUCUUUCACAUGAACAACUAAAGAACUGCUGACUUAACAGCAACAGUAUAUUUUUAUUAAAAAAAACUUCAAGAAUGGUUUGAGAACUGUUUAACCACUUGUUAGGACUGCAAAUAAGAAAUUACUUUAAAGCUGUUAAUUAUUUUUGAUGAAUAGUUUAGUCUAAAGUGUGAGAAAGCUAGUGAAAAAUGCCCAUCACAGUUUUUCAGAACCCAAGGUGAAGUCUUCAGAUUGAUUUUGGCUGAACAGCUGUCUAAAACCCAAACACAUCCAAGUUGAAUUAUGUAAAAAAAAAAAAAGAACAAGCAAAUCCUCACAUUUUAUCUGCUGCUAAGAAGCCAUAAAAGCACAGGUGUUAAAAUAUGGUAGAUCAUACAUUUCAAUUUAUGUUCAAUUUUCCCCUCAUUUUCAUCUGUUCUUCUGUAAAUAGCAAUAAUUACAACACUGUUGCAGCUGUUGGUAGCCAUGUGUUGCACCAGUGCCAGUGGAAACACUUGUAGUAACAACUGGGUUUUUUUUAAAUCACUGUCUCUGUUUUUAGCAUUUGUGUGACAGAAGACAAACGUAUAAAAAACAGCUUGUCUGCUUCACAGAGCGCUCAGUUUGUGGGCAGGUUGACUGGCUUCAGGGCUCGGGAGGCCAAGGGAAACCACACAACACACUAAAAGGGGGCGGCUGUGGCUCAGGAGGUAGAGCGGGUCGUUUCCUAACUGGAGGAUUAGCGGUCCGAUUCCCGGCU